AUGGCCAAGAAAGGUGCUAAGACCAAGACAGAUACUGCGCCUGCGACCCGCAACACAAGCAAGGCUACAGCGCCUGCUGGGCCCAACUGGCCGAGGCUUUCUCCUAAGAAGGGUUUGGCAUGCAGAGCGCUACUCGAGGAUCAGAUCUUGCUCAUAGACAACUUGUUCUCUCCCGCCGAAUGCAAGGCCUUCGUAAACUUGAUCGAACAACAGCCUCUCGAGCUCACGCCUCCAAAGAAGCGAGGCGAAGCUGAGCGAUACAACUACCGGAUCUCCUACCAAUCUCCCUCCUUCGCAUCCACCCUCUUCACUCUCAUCGCGCCACACAUGCCCGACUUCCCAUACCCCGCAUCCGAAGUCAAACCCGGCGCCACCGCCCGCGCGGCCCACUCGCUCAAUUCCAAUAUCAGGAUGUACAAGUACGUUCCCGGACAACACUUCGGUCAGCACUACGACGAUUCCACCCGGGACGCGAUCAGUGGUGAGAGGAGCGAGUGGACGCUGCUGAUAUAUUUGAGCGGGUUGGAGGACGGUGUGCAGGGUGGAGAGACGAUCUUCUACAACAAUGAUAAGAAGAAGACACCUAUAGUAGCUCCGCUAACGAGGGGAACGGCACUCUUACACCGACACGGACAUGAGUGCAUGUUGCACGAGGGCUCCGAAGUGAAGGCAGGCACGAAAUACAUCCUGCGCUCGGACGUGAUGUUCUCGUCUUGA